UCAUCUUGCCUUGUGUCAUACAUGAGAAUGGUAGAUUCCUCUGUUUCUAUCAACACAGUAUCUGGGUUGAUAGAGACAGAGAAGAAGAAAGCACAACUGAAGAAGAUAUUUGUAAAUAUAACUGAGUCUGAGGAUUGGGAGGAGACAGAGUUGUUGUAUGAACAGCACACAAGUAAAAUAGAUGAUUUUUUGGAUAUUAAUCUGAAGAAAGGCCAUGUGCCGACCAUGUUUGUAGAGUAUUGUAUGGAGGCCAAGGACUUAAGAAUGAGAAGAGAAGAUGAUUUUUGUAUUUCAAUUAAUGUAAAUGUUAAUGGAAAAGCAAUUGCUGUGGAUAAAAAUGUUCAAAAUUUGCUUUCAAAAUAUAAAAGAAAAAUUAACACUGAUUUAAAUAAAAUUUCAAAAAAGAUUAAAGUUAUAGACACCCUAGAUUGUUCACAGCUGACCUCUUCUUCCCUACAGUCUACUCAACCUACUUCUUCAUCUACAGAACAAUCUACACAACAGUCAACACAAUCACAAUUACUGUUUAAUGAACAAUAAUAAUUACACUUUAAUUCAUAUUAGAAUUAAACCAGUUUAAAGGGGCACUGGCUACAAGAUAUAAAAAAAUGAAAGUAUGAUUGUUAUUGGUUAUAUCUUAGAUGAUCUCACCUGGUUUUUAUAUAAAAUUCUGUGAAAUAUGCAUACAUGUACCAUCAAUUGUUAUGUAGUAGUUACAUUUAUGCUUUUAAUGAAUCUUACUUAUUGGUUUUUGAUAAAGUGCUGUUUGGGUGUGUUGUUAUGCCAUAAAUAAACAAACUACAGUAAAUUCAGAAAUUAUUGCCUGCUUUUAUUAUUGUGAUUUUGUCAGUUUAGACUUAAUGUGGCUCGGGUGUCUUCCUCCAUCUUGGAUUUUGAAUAAGCAGAUAUCUUUGGUCUAUAUAUUUGAUGAAAUGUGCAAAUUUUGAGUGUUGUAUAUAAAUGAUGUAAAAGACUUUAA